CUAGAGGAGGCAAGCAGCCUCACAGCACAUUCUGACCCUCACACACAGGCUUGGAGAGAGAGACCGAAUCAGCACCUCACACACAUUGACAGAAACUGCUCGCUCCAGAGCGAGGCCCUCUUUACUCAACCAGCAUCACUAUCUGUCCUCUCUCUCUGACAUGGAGCUCCACAGCCUCCGACACCACCACAGCCACCGGACCGACAACAAGCUCCAGAUGCUGAACCUCAACCAGCGCCUGGAGACCUACCUGGGCCGAGUGAGGCUGCUGGAGGAGGAGAACAAGCUACUAUGCCAGGAGCUCCAGGCCCUGAGGGUCAGUGGCCAGGGGGGGCGGAUGGGCCUGGAAGACAAGCUGAGCCUGGCCAGGCAGGAGGUGGAGGAAGCCUGGAGGGAGAAGGACCGGGUAGAGCUGGAGCUAGGGAGUCUGGGUGAGGAGCUCCAAGUCCUGGGGCUGCAGAGACAGUGGGAGGCGGACGCCCAUGGGGAGGUGAAGAAGAAGCUGGCAGACAGCAGGAAGGAGAUGGAGGAGGAGAAGAGGGCUCAGAUCUGGUUAAGAGAGAAGGUGAGCCAGCUAGAGAAACAAAUCCAGUUCCAGAUACAAACCCACCAGGAAGAUGUUGCUGGCUUCCAGGCUACACUAAUCCAAGCCAGACCUGCCCUGCCAUCCCCUCCACCCCAAACGGGCACCCAGCUUCCCAGCCUCCAGGAGCUGGGUGAGGAGUACUCCCAGAUGGCUGUCAGGGCGUGGCAUGAGGCGGCCAUGGUGUUUCAGGGCCAGGUAGACAGCCUGGACGAGUCUCUAAACCAGGCCAGAACCCGGUUGGCCCAGGUGGGCCAGGAGAAAAUUGAGAGCCAGCUGAAACUUCAGGCCCUGAAGAAUGAGCUGCAAUCAGCCCAGGAUAGAAGGCAGUGUCUGGAGAGGAGUGUGGCCAAACAGAGAGACAUGCAGAGGCAAGAGAUACAAAACCUGCAGGCCCAUCUGGAGGUGUUGGAGAUGGAGAAGGGGGCGCUGGGAAAUCAGAUUGACACUCUUCUGACAGAAAGUAGGGGCCUGGUGCAGCUGAAGAUGUCUCUAGGCAUGGAGGUGGCCACAUACAGAGCUUUACUGGACAAUGAAAGUCUGAUGGGGGAUUUCCCUUCAACAAAUCAGCUAAGGAGUACCUACACAUCUGAUGGAGUCCCCAGCUCUCGAGGGGUUAAGCAAAGCUUCCAGACACAGCUGGCUACCAGUCACAUGAUCAGUCCCUUCUCUACCAUCCAUAGAGCAAGCCCACGAUCCAAUGUAACAAUGAUGUCCGCAUCACCAAUCUGGACUCAAAACCAGGUAACCCUGAACGAAACACCUGAGAGUUGUCGAAAGACAGAGGAAGAGCAUGUUGACUUUGACUUAGGGUCCAACCGGCAGGUUAUUUGGUCAACGCCUUACCCCAAAGUACCACAGGAUGGAAUUUCAGUCGACCACUUCAGACCCCAAGAUGUCCAUGAAGAAGUCAACUAUGCUGAGCCUCUCUCACCUCCCACUGAAGAGGCAGGAGCUGAUGUUGUAUCUUGGCUUGGUUCUGACCAUAAGGAACAAUCCAUGUGGGAUUUAGAAAAGGAGGAAGAGGAUCAGAACAUAGUCAGAACCUGGGUUGCUAAAGACAAACCAGUUCUGGAACCUGCCAUGAGUCACCAGGUUGAGAUCAGCUUCAGUAUGCCAACUGUGUUCAGCACUGAUGCUCAAGAGCUCUACAGCCCUUCAGUGAGGGAUGAGAGAGCAGGUUCAGUGACAGGGGCACAUUCUGCUUUCUCGGCAAAUGAUGAUAAUGAUGUACCUUUUGAAAUGUCUUCUGAAAAGGAGGAACCUCUACUAGAUCUGCCUUACGGUCCCAUGAUUGCAUUGGAGGAAAGAGAUCUCGAAACAGCAAGGAAAGACGCUGAAUGGGUGGGGAAAGAAGGCUUGGAGUCUGAAACUAAAUCAGUGCUAGAACCUGCAUUUGAGACCUUCACAAGCAGUCAAGCUUUUGAGUACAACAAGCCAAAAGAGUUCAACCAAGAGGACAAUAUGUCAUAUGCAUCUACUCAAGCCUCCCACGGUUCAGAAGAGGCAUUUCACCAUGUUAAAAGAGUGGAGGAAGAUGUUAUUAAUCUCACAAAAGAGGAUGAUGAAAACUACAUGUCUAACAAAGAUGAGGAGCAAUUGGAAGAUGAAUUGCGCCCCUAUGGGUAUGGUAAGGAUGAUUGUGAAAGAUUGGCAGGGUUCAAUAAGGAAAAUUGUGUGACAGAAAGAAUCGAUAAGUUCAACCGAGAGGUGAUUAUCUCAUAUGAAUCUGCUCAAGCUUCUCACUGGUCAGAAGAGGUAUUUCAUCAUGUUGAAAGACUGGAGGAAGGUGAUAUAAAUUUCACAAAAGGGGAUGAUGAAAAUGAUAUGUAUAAUAAACGUGAGAUGCAAUAUGCAUUGCACCCCAAUGGGGAUGUAAAUGAUGAAUGGGAUAGAGUGGGAGGAUACACUGAAGAGAAUGGAAUUAGAGAAAGAAUGGAUGAAGGAAAGGAUCAAGAAGGAAAGGAUCAUAUGAAAGAGGAAGAGAUGUGGAAUAACAGAGAAACCCAACCAAAUCAGUCUGAUCAAGAACAUAUACCUUCAAAUGUAGAGAAACUGAAUCAAUUUGAGCAAGAGCAUAUACCUUUAGGCAGAGAGAAACGGAAUCUAUCCGACAAUGACAAAGAGGAUCAUGAUGAGGCAAACUACUGUCAAAAUACUUCUGUUUCAUGGAGGGCUGAGCUAGAAGGUGACAGCUACGCUCAGGACAACACACUGGCCGACACACACCCCCUGAUCCGUUACAAGAGUGACGAGACGGAUGCCAACACUCAGGCUUCACACAUGGGAGAAAGUGACUCCAGUGAUGGUGAACAGGACAGGGAGGUUUGCCAGACAGGAUCAGGCACCUGGGGCGAAGGCAAGUCCAAACAGUUUGACACCAUGGAGGAUCUGUAUGAAGAGUCAGAAGGGGAUGUCAUAGAUCAGGAACGUAACAUGGGCUCCACUCACCAAGACGACGUGGAUGCUAGCCAAACAAAGGAGCAUGCUACACAGGAGAACGAUGAGGAGAAUGCAGUAGAUCAGUUGAUUCAGGAGGCAGAAGAGGAACAAUCCUAUGAGGAACUUACAGAACCUGGAGAGUACUCCAUGAUGUGCUCUGAUGAGGACAAUAAUGAAGAAAGAAUUGAUAGAUUGGUGGAGCAAGAGUUAGAGAAUUUAUCUAUAUCCAGUUACAGUGAACACUUUAAUGGGCAGAUGAUUGAGAGCGAGUCAGUACUGAGUCUUCAAAUUGUGUCUCACACGGAACUUUCCCAGACACAAGACAUAUUAUACAGUGAGGAGGUAGAGCAGAUACACUCAGUAAGACUGAAUCAAUCUGAACAAGAGCAUACGACCACAGGCGGAGAGAAACUGAAUCAAUCUGAACAAGAGCACACGACCUCAGGCGGCGAGGAACUGAAUCAAUCUGAGCAAGACCAUAUGACCUCAGGCGGCGAGAAACUGAAUCAAUCUGAGCAAGAGCAUACGACCUCAGGCGGCGAGAAACUGAAUCAAUCUGAGCAAGAGCAUAUGACCUCAGGCGGAGAGAAACUGAAUCAAUCCGUGCAAGAAUAUAUCAAUUCAGGCAGAGAGAAACUGAAUCAAUCUGAACAAGAGUAUAUACCCUCAGACGGAGAGAAACUGAAUCAAUCCGAGCCAGAGUAUAUAACUUCAGGAGAAGAGAAAAUGUAUCAAUCCGAGCAAGACUAUAUACCCUCAGACGAAGAGAAACUGAAUCAAUCCGAGCAAGAGAAUAUUCCUUUAAGCGGAGAGAAACUGAAUGAAUCUGAACAAGAGUAUUUACCCUCAGAUGGAGAGAAAAUGAAUCAAUCCGAGCCAGAGUACAUAACUUCAGGCAGAGAGAAACCGAAUCUGUAUGCGCAAGAACAUAUACCCUCAGACAGAGAGAAACUGAAUCUCACUGAGCAAGAUAAUAUACCUUUAGGCGGAGAGAAACUGAAUCAAUCUGAGCCAGAGUACAUAACUUCAGGCAGAGAGAAACCGAAUCUGUAUGCGCAAGAACAUAUACCCUCAGGCAGAGAGAAACUGAAUCAAUCUGAGCACGAGCAUAUACCUUCAAAAGGAAAGAAACUGAAUCAGUCUGAACAAGAGUAUAUACCCUCGGGCGGAGAGAAACUGAAUCUAUAUGAGCAAGAACCCAUAACAUCAGACAGAGAGAAAAUGAAUCAAUCCGAGCCAGAGUACAUAACUUCAGGCAGAGAGAAACCAAAUCUAUAUGCGCAAAAACAUAUACCCUCAGACAGAGAGAAACUGAAUCUCACCGAGCAAGAUAAUAUACCUUUAGGCGGAGAGAAACUAAAUCAAUCCGAGCCAGAGUAUAUAACUUCAGGCGGAGAGAAAAUUAAUCAAUCCGUUCCAGAGUAUAUACCCCAAGGCAAAGAGAACAUGAAUCAAUCUGAGCAAGAGAAUAUAACUUCUGGCGGAGAGAAACUGAAUCUAUAUGCGCGAGAAAAUAUACCCUCAGACAGCGAGAAAAUUAAUCAAUGCGAGCAAGAGAAUAUACCUUCAGACAGAGAGAAACUGAAUCAAUCUGAGCCAGAGUAUAUACCCUCAGGUGGAGAGGAACUGAAUCAAUCUGAGCCAGAGUAUAUACCAUCAGGUGGAGAGGAACUGAAUCAAUCUGAGCCAGAGUAUAUACCAUCAGGUGGAGAGGAACUGAAUCAAUCUGAGCCAGAGUAUAUACCAUCAGGUGGAGAGGAACUGAAUCAAUCUGAGCCAGAGUAUAUACCAUCAGGUGGAGAGGAACUGAAUCAAUCUGAGCCAGAGUAUAUACCAUCAGGUGGAGAGGAACUGAAUCAAUCUGAGCCAGAGUAUAUACCAUCAGGUGGAGAGGAACUGAAUCAAUCUGAGCCAGAGUAUAUACCAUCAGGUGGAGAGGAACUGAAUCAAUCUGAGCCAGAGUAUAUACCAUCAGGUGGAGAGGAACUGAAUCAAUCUGAGCCAGAGUAUAUACCCUCAGGUGGAGAGGAACUGAAUCAAUCUGAGCCAGAGUAUAUACCAUCAGGUGGAGAGGAACUGAAUCAAUCUGAGCCAGAGUAUAUACCAUCAGGUGGAGAGGAACUGAAUCAAUCUGAGCCAGAGUAUAUACCAUCAGGUGGAGAGGAACUGAAUCAAUCUGAGCCAGAGUAUAUACCAUCAGGUGGAGAGGAACUGAAUCAAUCUGAGCCAGAGUAUAUACCAUCAGGUGGAGAGGAACUGAAUCAAUCUGAGCCAGAGUAUAUACCAUCAGGUGGAGAGGAACUGAAUCAAUCUGAGCCAGAGUAUAUACCAUCAGGUGGAGAGGAACUGAAUCAAUCUGAGCCAGAGUAUAUACCCUCAGGUGGAGAGGAACUGAAUCAAUCUGAGCCAGAGUAUAUACCAUCAGGUGGAGAGGAACUGAAUCAAUCUGAGCCAGAGUAUAUACCAUCAGGUGGAGAGGAACUGAAUCAAUCUGAGCCAGAGUAUAUACCCUCAGAGGUUAUGUAUUCAAUGCACUCUAGGAUUCCAAUGACACCUGAACACACAUCUCUUAGAGAAAGUUCAGCAGAAAUAUCCAAAGCAGAAUAUUUGGCUCAAGGUAAGGUCUUCAGUGAGGAACUGGGAACUGAAGCUGUACCAGACAAAAUAGAAGGAGAGGAUGACCAGAACCUUUCUAUGCUGACUCAUGAAGACUUUACUGAAAGCCAUUCUACCCACAGCAGUUUAAACAGCAGGCCUGAGAGUCAAACCAACAUGAACAACUCGGAUAUAGAAGAGUCCAACAGCACAGAUGAUGAGUCUCCAAAUGCAAGCCAGUAUUUGCAAUGUGCCAACAAAGCAAAUCUAACUGCAGAUCAGGUAGACUUCUUAGAUGUGGCGGUCUCUCACUAUGAGGAUUGCAGUGCUCUUAUAGAACAUUCUGCAGAGGAGGUCACUAGCUAUCAGGCAAGUCAUGAAUGUCUUCAGACAGACAAAUGGGAAGUCUUAGAAAGUCCAAACAAACACCUGGAAUCUGGAGAUCCUUUUGCAGGUCACAAGAGAGACUCGGAGAGAUCAUCCAAAACUGACAGCAAAGGCCGAGACCUCCACAGCUUCCUCAGCUCUGGUGUACACAGCAACUUCUGGGGUUCCAAUCUGGAAACAGGAGCCUCCUAUCAACCGGACGAGCCAUAUGACCAUGUGACCAAGCUACCCAAUCAGAACCUAGCCUUGGCUGAUAACCUAUCCUGGGUGGAUUUGGAAUCCACAGGCGGCCAAUUGGAACAUAAAGAUGGACAGUGACACACCUAAAGCUUCCACCCUUGAAGAAGAGGACAAACAGAUGCCCUCACAGGUGAAGCAGCUGGUGUGUAGAGAUGUAGUAGAGGGUGUGAAUGUUACUUCUGAAGGUUCUGGAGAUGAGGGAGACUCCAGGUCAUCUGGGGAAGAACAGGAACAAUUUCAGCAUGGUUUCUAUAAGGAGUAAAGUAGAAGUAACAAGUGUUAUUGAGAGUGUAAUACUAUUUACACUUUACAGGCUUUGAAUAUGAGCAUUGAUUCACAUUGAUCCUUACAGUGAAAAGUAAAUGAAAGGAUAAUAUGUCACAGAAUGUCAUGACAAUUCAGUGCUCUCUGGAAUCCUUGGGAUGUUCCUACCCUAAACCCCAACCUUAACCCCUACCCUACCCUUACCUUAACCCUAAAUAGAACCAUAACCCUUACCUACACCAUUUAAAAUGUCAACUUCAAUGGGGUAGGGACGUCCCAAGGAUGCGAGAUAGCAUGGACCGUCAAAUAUUUAUGCUGUUUUCAAAAACCAAAGUUGUGCCUUGGUGCACACCCUGCUGACACUAACCACCAGUGUACCUACUCCAUUUCAAGACAUUGAGGGCCAUUUUUGUAAGUUUUACAAAUGUAUGUUUGAAUAGCCAUUUUUCUAUUCUUUGGAGAACAAAAGUAACUUAGUUAAAAACCAAAUAAAGAUAAACAUUUGAAAGUCAAAGCAUUCUUGAUUUGAUUGCACUGAUUGAAGGAAAUCAAUUAGAGAAAAAGUGAGAACCCAGGUAUUUCAAUGCACAAGACCUGGGAGCUUGUUUUUCUAGUGGCAACUUUAAUCCUAACAUCGUAAGCAAGUUUAUUUGAUAAGGACUCCAGUUGAUAUAUACAGUACCCUCAGAAAGUACUCAUUCCCCAUGACUUACUCCAAUGAGAAGUGUAAUUUAUGAUUAUAAUUUGAAUUACAACUCAAACACUACAAGCAGCAGUGCAGUGGUUUGAAAUCCUAGAAGAACAGCUUGCCUUCAUUUUAAUAAAUAUAACUAACAGACAAUGAAACAACAUGGUGCCAUAUUAGCUAUGCUUUGUUAACGAUUACAGCAAAAAACACUUGUGUUGUUGUUUGGCUAGUGUUCUCUGUAGAAAUGCACACAAAAAAAUGUACAUGGAAAAAUAAAACUAAUUGACAAAUAUG